UGCCGGGCUCUGCUGCUGCUUCACGCGCUGCGGGGCCACACUGCGACCGCACCGAGGAGGAAGAGGAGCCGCGGAGCCACGGAAGGGGGGUCAGCGGAGGCACGAGCGGAUCCAGAGGAGGCACCGGAGGAGGCUCAGCCGAACCCGAACCGGACACCAACAGUAGAAUUUAGAAGCGGAGCCGCCAGGCGGAGACGCGUCACACCGCCGUUCUGUUCCUCCCUCCAUCUCUGAAACCAGAGGAGGACGCGCGGACCUGGAAUCUCGGAGCAAAACGACGAAGGACGCGGCGUCGGAAGCCUCCCCCCCUCCCCUCCCGGACCAGGACCAGAACCACGGCCCAUUCUCCGACUGUGAGCAGCCAGCUCGGCGCGCGACACCAUGAAGGACCGUACGGCGGAACUGCGAAGCGCUAAGGACAGUGAUGAUGAUGAGGAGGUGGUGCAGGUCGACAGGGACCACUUCAUGGACGAGUUCUUCGAACAGGUGGAGGAGAUCAGAGGCUGCAUAGAGAAGCUGUCGGAGGACGUGGAGCAGGUCAAGAAGCAGCACAGCGCCAUUCUGGCCGCACCCAACCCUGACGAGAAGACUAAACAGGAGUUGGAGGACCUCACAGCUGACAUUAAGAAGACAGCCAAUAAAGUUCGUUCAAAAUUAAAAGCAAUCGAGCAGAGCAUCGAACAGGAGGAGGGUCUCAACAGAUCAUCAGCGGACCUGAGGAUCCGCAAGACGCAGCACUCGACGCUGUCGCGUAAGUUUGUGGAGGUGAUGACUGAGUACAACACCACGCAGUCCAAGUACCGCGACCGCUGUAAGGACCGCAUCCAGAGGCAGCUGGAGAUCACUGGCAGAACCACCACCAAUGAGGAGUUGGAGGACAUGUUGGAGAGCGGAAAACUGGCCAUCUUCACCGAUGAUAUUAAAAUGGACUCUCAGAUGACCAAGCAGGCGCUGAACGAGAUCGAGACCCGACACACCGAGAUCAUCAAACUGGAAAACAGCAUCCGUGAGCUGCACGACAUGUUCGUCGACAUGGCCAUGUUGGUGGAGAGCCAGGGAGAGAUGAUCGACAGAAUUGAGUACAACGUCGAACACUCCGUGGACUACGUGGAACGAGCUGUAUCCGACACCAAGAAGGCCGUCAAAUACCAGAGCCAGGCCCGUAAGAAGAAGAUCAUGAUCAUCAUCUGCUGUGUCAUCCUGGGCGUGGUUCUGGCAUCAACCAUCGGCGGCACGCUGGGCUUCUAAGAUGCUCCACCUCCUGCCGCCGUGACGACCGACGCCAACUGACCGUCCGACUGACAGCCAGCAGAGAAAAGAAGAAACACCGACUACGACGACAACUACACAAAAACUUGAAACACAAAUGCAAGACAGAUAACCAAUCAGCUAGGGAGAGAUAAUCCAAUCACAGAUAAGGACACGCCCACACCGCUGGGUUGGUUCAACAAAGACAAAAAAACCAAUAAAAACACAUCAUCACAUCGUAGACGAUAAACACACGGCGUAAAAGAAGGUUCAAUAAACCUAUUUAUUCACAUGUAAAUGUAUUUACGUAUGGGUCAGACCUGUAAAAACCAUGACCUAUAGUACAACAUGUUUGUUUGUUUUGCUUUUCUUCUUAUUUUUAACCGUUGUUUUCGUUUUUCGGGAGUCUCCGAGGACAGUGAUGGCGAAGCUGUGGGGCGGGACCUUCUGUACGACGGCGUUCGGCAGCCAAUCAAUAUUUAUUUGUGUUUUUUUUAAUAUUUAUUUCUGUCUUGUUUUGUUCUGAGCAGAGUCUGUUUAUGACGCCGUCGGUUUUCCACAGCGAUGUUUCAGGCGCCAACAUCAGGAACGCUGUCCCGCAGGGCCAUGCCCUCCAGCUCUUGUAGAUCCAACGCGUCUCCUCGAUUUCGAGAGGGAGGGGCAUACCUCGCCCUUGGCCACCUCUCAUUGGUUGUUUACUCCUGUCAUUCACCUGUUAUAUGAGCCCGACCUGCAGCAGUGUUUGGAAAACGACCAAUCGCGAUGCGCCACUGGUCGCAGCUUUCUAACCAAAGUGUGGCGGGGGCGGGACUCUGGUUUUCCUGCUGAAUCCAAUUGGCUGAUGAAGACAAUGUGACGUUUGACUGACAGGUGAAAGGUGGGACAGAAGGGGGGUAGAAGAGGAACCUGAGCCUGAUCUGCGACAGAAACCUGAUUAAUCGUACACGUGUGAAAAUGAGGAAGAACCUGAGAUUUGAAGAAAAUAUGUUAAUGUUAGCUUUAAAAAGUUCAAACCCCGAAGAAGAAAGAUGCAGAUUUUGUCUGAUUCCAGUGACACUUUGCUUGGAAGCAUGACUUUAUAAUUAUUUAUUUUAGUGUUUCAAUCAAUUAGCCUGCUGGCUAGCAUUAGUUGUUGUUAGCUAACAUUAGCUAAACUUCCUAUUGUGUUAGCUAACAUAUGUUAGCUAAGUGGAGAUGCAGGUUAGCAUGUUAAAGGUAGCUUGUGUUAACUGCAGAUGGAUUAGAAGCUACUUGUUGGACUCAGUGACAUCAUUACUAGCUAACAUCAGCUAGCAUUAAACAUUUUAAUCUGUUUUACUAGUUGUGAAAACAAGACUCAGAUUCUUGAUAAAUAGUUUAGUUGUGUUUGUUCUUAGUCUGGAAGACAUAAUGUCACAUCCUUAUGCAGAUGAUUUUGGCUUCACCUAACUCACAAGCUAAUGUUAGCUACAGCUAAUGCACUAGCUAACACCUGAAUCUCUUAAUUCCUGACACGCAGAACCGUCUGUUUUCAGAUGUGUGGAUCGAUGGGUUUCGGUUUCAGAUUAGGACGUGACAGGAGGAGGAGGACUGUCAAUCUAUGCAGCUUCGAUAUGAGGAAGACGACUUGUCCCGCCUCCCCCGCCUGACACACCCAGUGAGGAACGUAGAUGUUGUAGUCAAGGCCGUCACUUCUGGAAGAUUCUAAAAAAUGAAGAGAACACAUUAAAAAGUGAAGAAAAACUUUAGAAAAACCAACAAACGAGGUAGAAGUCGCCAGUGAGCCCUGGUUACCUGAGUGCUGUGGUUUUUUUCGUCGUUAACGGGGAGCGUUUGUUGCUUCGUUGUUUGUGGUGCUGCUGUUUUAGUGUCCGUGAUGUAUCGGCCAUUUCCUCCGUCCGACUCCGCCCUCCAUCCACAUCAGGAACACCAUUCCAACACAGUUAAAUCACACCAGCGCUAGUGUUAGACCGCACCGCUUAGCAUGCUAAUGGUAGCUCGUGUUAGCUGUAGACGGGUUAGCAGCUGCUUGUUGGAGUCUGAUCCGGUUUUUGAUUCUUAAAGACAUUUCCUAUGUUCAGACGAGCGCUGACACAAAACAGACACAAAUGUCGGGUUUGAACCACGACUCACAUCUGCAAGAGUGAACGAACACGACCUUAUGCCCUGAUUAUUCAGUGAAACUCUUCAAAUAUUAGUUGCAGUGUCACAGUUAGCUUUAGCAUUAGCUAAAUUUAAAGCUAUUUAAAGUGAGUUUCCCUCAGCGCACCGAGACGACGUACGUGUUGGUUUUGUUUCAGACCUGACCGUAUGUGUUUGUACACGCAUGUUUGGUUUUGUUGUUGAUGUGUUCAGAGUUGAGACGUACCACUGACGCAUACGUCGUCUCGCUUCGGACAAACGGACGUGUUAGCGCUCAGCAUCGACACUUAGCCGCCCUGUGAUACAGUGGCGUGUUCGCUUCUGUUGAGGUCGGCAACUAGAUGCAUUUACACAAACAACCAAUGAACACCGUUAAUGUCAAGAAAGAAAGUCGAUUAGAUGGUCUGUUGAGUCACAAAGUGACAAAUGAUAAAAAAAAAAACAAUUACAAUACAAAUACAAGCGAGUUUGAUCAUCAGUCUGGAGAAGGAAAAAAAGCUCAAAAACAGUGGGAAAAGAAAGACGAACAGAAAGAAAUCACAUUGUUCUUUAAAGUCAUUGGUUUCAGACAUUGAACUAUUGGUUAAAAACAUAUUUUAAAGUUAAAACUAAAAUCGAACCAGCAACACUUCACGUUUCACGUUAGCGUCUUUUCUGUGGCUAACGACACUUCCUGUGUCUGAGACGUCGCACGCUCUGUGGUUUUCUCGUUUCGGGUUUGGAGUGGGAGUGGAAGUUUUGUUGAAUUUUUUCGACUUCCCAGAACCAAACUGUUGACCAAAGCUCGGCCCCAGCCUCGACAAGCAGCGGAAUCCGGUAGAUGUCUGUUGGGACUGAUCGUUGGUAGAUUUAGCGUCAUGUAGCACUUUUCUCUGCUGUCGUGUUGUCGACGUUCAUGGCUGCGUUCUGUCUUUGCGUGGUUUCUUUGUGCUUUUGCUGUGUUUAGACUGUAGUUCACGCAUUUAAUCUGUCCAUGCUUUUCCCCCGUAAACCACGCCCACUUCGUCCUCUGAACCACCGACCGCCCCCUGGCUGCUUCACAGGUUGGUACAUUUCCCUCUGCCGAUUGCUCGACCGACGCCACAUUCUGUUUUGUUCCUUCCGGUUGCGCUCAUCACGGUGGUCCCAGUUAACGGAUCGGCGACAUGGGGACACCGUUUGUAGCACCGGCUUGUUGACACUGACAUUUCAUUGUUUGUUUGUAAAGUUCCUCGCGUCUCGUCGGGAAAGAAAACACGGACAAAUGUCUUAAAAACCACGUAACCUGUGGGCGGUGCGGGCGAUCCGUGUGGGCGAUUCGCGCGGUCGGUCCUGAGGUUCGUCCAGGUGUUCGUGCCCUCAUCGUCUUCCCUCUCGUGUUGUUGGGCUGUGGGUGGUCGUCGUGGCGACCCCUCCCGUCCCACGUAAUAAUGAUAAUAAUAAUAAAAUAGGCAUGCAAAAGCGUCGUGGAGUUUGCAUGAUGGUGUUUUUUGUCCCCGACCCCAGGCUUUUCCUCCAUGUCGUGCACUUUACUGCCCAUUGUCCAUCGUUCCCUCUGCGUAGUUUUACGAUCUGAGGUCGAGUCUGACAAACGAGGUCUAGAAAGGACUAGUGAUACGUUUCCAAAUCCACCGCCGUUGACUUGAGCCAACCCCGGACCUGGACCCUGACGCCCCCUUCAGGGUACAUGCCGCUGUUACUGACUGACCCCUGUGCUUGUUCGCUUCCUAUGGCUGCACCGUGUCGUGUUUUUGUGAAGGCUUCGUCCUUUGGGAUGUUCCUCGUCGCUCUUGGUGUGAACCUGUGGAAAACCCACCCGGCCUCGUGUGUGUGCAGCAUGCCUCCCUUCCUCUUUGGUGAUUGGUGCAGAAAUGCGUGAAUGUGCGUGUGUUUUGUUUGCAUCGGAGCAGCGCGAGUGUGUUUUCGAUGUCGAAGCGUCCGAUCACAGGUCCGAGGGAUGCGGCCGUUUUAUGAAACCCCGCUUUGUUUUUCCUGAGAUUUGCAAAAUGCGAGAAACUCUGACAUGUUAACGGACACCAUGAUCACUGUUCUUAUUCUAUUUAUUACAAUUCAAACCAAAGCGUUUCUUGCCCCCCCACCCCCCCAACCCACCCAUGUGUUCUCAAUACAUUCUCCGCUAAUAUCAAAGAGCACAACGCAAGUCGAGUUUACACUGAGAUGUUUGUCACAAAAAUAUCUUUCAAAACAGUCCCUGCCCCUACACCAGUGCAUGUUGGUCCGUCAAACCGUCCCAUAGUUACGAAAUUGCCCCCCCCCACCUGUAGAUGUUAGCGUGUGAUCUGAUUGGUUCGCAUCCAUCAUUACGUUCCCUCCUCCUCCACUCGAGGCGUAUACGGAGACAGCGGUGGUGCUUUUCUUACUCUAUUUAUCGAUUGCUCUUGUUCUUGUUGUUUUGGUGCCGUUUUUUUCUGUACAGCUCGUUUACCGGUCUCUACGUUCACGCCUCCGGACCGGCGCCCCCUGCAGGUUUGGCGCUUGUUGCUCAUUGGUCAUUUGCAGAUUAACUGGUCAAAAACAACCAAAGCUUCACAAAACCACCAGCCCAUGUUUAACCGUGAGUUUAAUUGGAGUAGCUGGCCAAUCACUGCGAAACGGCUCCGACUAUAAAAGUUUGGUUGAAGUUCUCCUUGACAACGACGCUGCCAAAAAAGGGUUUUCCUCUUUAAUCGUCACUUCUCCUGCGGCGAAUUUAA